AUGGAUUCGAAAACCCUUCUCGAUUACGCACUGUUUCAACUCACCCCAACAAGAACAAGGUGCGAUCUUGUUGUGUUUUCGGGGAAGAAGAGUGAGAAAGUGGCAUCCGGGCUUGUCGACCCGUUCAUAGCCCACUUGAGAUUUGCGAGAGAUCAGAUUCCAAAAGGUGGCUAUUCGAUUACCCUUCGGCCGCCGGCCAAGGCCGAUGAUAUAUCAUGGUUCACAAAGGCCACAUUUCAGAGAUUCGUACGCUUCGUGAGCACCCCUGAAAUUCUCGAGCGGAUUGUACGAAUUGAAAGAGAAAUUUUGCAAAUUGAUAGUUCAAUUCAGACUACUGAUGUUCCAAGGUUGGAGGGGACAGGACAUUCCAGGGAAGAGAGCUUGUUGGCUGCCGAUGGGAAUAUAAGAAAGGGAAAUGGUUCCACAAAGUCAAUCUCUAAAGAAGAAGAUCAUGGGGCCGCACCUAGAGAAAAUUCAAGAGUUCGUCUCCAGCGUGUGAUGGAUACUAGGAAAGCAUUACUACAGAAAGAGCAAGCUAUGGCUUAUGCUCGUGCAGUCGUGGCAGGAUAUGAGAUCGACACCAUUGAUGAUCUCGUGUGCUUUGCUGAUGCAUUCGGUGCGUCACGUCUGAGAGACGCAUGCAUUGAUUUCAAGGAGCUUUACAAGAGAAAGCAUUCAGAUAACCAAUGGAUGGACGAAUUAGCUGCAGUACAAGCAUGCCCUGUGACUGACCUUUCCUAUGUGGGAGCAUCUGGAAUUAUGCUAACGGCUGAUAGUAUUAAUGGCAACAUGAAUCUACCCGACUCAUUUGCUACUCCAACCAAAGAAAAUAAUGGUGCAUCAACUGAACAAAAACCGAACACUCAACAGAUGCCGUGGAUGAACCAGAUUCCACCCUACAUGUACAACUUCCCGGGAUAUUACCCUUAUUACCCGGGCAAUGUGGGGUUGGCCUCACCAGGCGUUAUGGUGACAUCAAAGACUCACAAACCAUCUCGGAGAAAGGAGAAGUCUAUUGAUGAAAACGGCACAGAUGCCUCUGAAGAGGACGGACAAACUGAAUCGGGCAUGGGGACUGAUUCAGACGAGGCAAACCAGAACGAUAAGAUACUUUCUUCAAAGGGAAAGAAAUAUUCUAGCAAGAACAAGAGAAGGGGUUCGAAAACAGUCGUCAUUCGCAACAUAAACUACGUUACAUCCCAAAGGCGCAAUAAUGGGGAGGACAAUGAAAAUAGUGAAGAUUUUUCAGAAGGCGAUGAAGUUUCUAUUAGAGAAGGGGUUGACAAUGCAAUUGCAUCCCUAGAGAAGUACACACACUCGAAAGCACAUAAAAACAGAGGAAAACAGGAUAAUGAAUAUAGCAUCAAUUCAAAUACUUCUGAUGGAGGCAAUACAAAUAAUGCUUGGGAUGCUUUCCAGAAUCUUCUCUUAACUCAUGAAGAGUCUAAUUCCAGUGAAUUACCUAAGCAUAACCCUGGGGAAGAACAUUAUGGCAUGAAAAGCUCUAACGGAGGGCUUUUGAAAAAGACUAGCAGCGGUGUUGAUGAUUCUGUUCUUGUGGUUCAGAGAGAGGGGUCGAACGGCGGCCAAGGACUCACAGUUGAUUUUGCUAAAGGUGAAGAUAUUCACUUACGUACGAAGAGUAUUUCUGUUGAAGGCGAGAAUGCGUUGUUUUCAGAACAAUAUAGAGGAAGUAAUACAAUGUUGAAUUCUCCCGAUUUUUCCGCUGAGCAAACCACUGUCAAGAAUAGGAAAGAGAAAGAUUGGUUUAUUGUUAAUAGUUCAUCUGAAUAUUCAGAAGCACAAGGCAAAUGUUUGAACUAUGAAAAUGGCAUUUUUUGUAAAGAAACAACUAAGGGAACUCCCAUGAUCGACGAUUCGUUCAUUAUAGAGUCGAGACCAGCAGUUGACGAGCACUAUACGCCUCAUUGGACGACUGAAAUAAAUAUUGAUGCCAACGUCGAUAUGCCCAAGCCAGGAAAAGGUAGCCCGACUGUUUUAGGCUCCACCGAGCCUGAUGACCUCAGCAUGAUGCUUGUGAGAGAGUCACAGGAAUCUAACGCCUCAUGGACACCGGAAAUGGACUAUCAAGUUGAAAUUUCUUUUAACGAAGCUGAUAAAAAGCCUUCUGGUGUAGCAUCAAAUGGCCACACUGGAAAAAAUCCUGUGGUGAAUGGUAAAAAUGUCAAUGGCAAGAAAAAUGCGGGACCCACAAUGAAAAAGAUUGGGAGGGACUUGUCGAGAACUUUGUCGGGGACCCUCGCGAGGAGCAAAGUGGAUUCUGUUUCCAAGAGCAAGAAGAUGUCUCCAGCAAUGGCACAUAAAUACAAGCUGAUGAAGGAAGAAGAAGAGCGUAAGAGAAUGGAAGAAUUGCUCAUUCAACGUCAGAAGAGAAUUGCAGAAAGGACAGCUGCCAGCGGCUCGAAUUCCGCAGCAUGUAAGAAGUCCCCGGUCGGGAAUAAGUCAACCCCUCCAAAACCCGAGAAGAAGAGAUCUCCAUCCAUGGCUCAAAAAGUUAGGUCAAGCUACUAA